AUGGAGAGUGAGAAUCAAGUACUAGAAUCCCGAAAGAGUAGCUCUUUUCGCCGAUUAAGCAGAGGGGAUUCUUCUAGAAGGAUCUCUCUUCUUACGGACGAGGCAUUUGAGAACGAAUCUGUGUCCGAAGCAGGGGACAUUGGGGACCGAGCCCUUCACAGUAACAGAAUCAGUAACUCUCUCCCGGUUUUCGAAAACUCAAAUCCUGUUUCUGUUGAUGAAGUUGCUCAAUCUGUAGGAAAAAAAGAAUAUUUGCAGGAGGAGAAAGAUGUGCAUUGGCUUUUGCAAUACAUUACUUGCCUCCUUUCACUUGCCGUGUUCGGUAUUUUAGGAGUCGUAGCUCGAUAUAGCCUUGAGAAUCUCUUUGGACCCAAUGUAAUUGGUGCAACAAGUGACCAUAGCUACAUGUAUCUUGAUCUUCCUUCGAAUAUGGUUGGUUCUUUUUUGAUGGGUUGGUUAGGCGUUGUUUUUAAACCGGACAUUUUGCGAAUUUCGGACCAAUUAGCAAUUGGACUGACAACAGGUUUUCUGGGAAGCCUAACGACUUUCAGCGGUUGGAAUCAAAAAAUGCUUGACCUUAGUGUUGAGGGCCGCUGGGUAUUUGCCGUGCUCGGCAUAUUUUUAGGUUUGUUUCUAGUCGCGUAUUCAAUAAUUUUCGGGAUCGAGACUGCAAAAGGAUUCAGGUGGCUUCUUACAAAAUCAUAUAUAAGAUCAUUUUGCAGCAAAAAACCGUGCCUCAAUCCAUAUACUUCGAACGAGUCUCAUUUUCUGGUGACAUUCAUGGUGAUUCUUUUACUGAUGCUGGUUCUGUUGUGGGGUUUGUUUGGAACCUUAGCAGCGAAAGAAUUCGAAGAAGGUGGCAAUAGGGCGCUGCUGUUCUUGGGCUGUUUGGUGGGCCCUUUUGGCGUGUGGGCCAGGUGGUUCUUGGCCUGUUUUAACGGACGUGGCUUGGGUAAAAACGGCGUGGCAAAAUGGAUGCCAUUCGGGACUCUUGCUGCAAAUGUUAUUGCGGCUUGCGCAAUGGCUGCCCUCGCGACUCUUAAGAAAGCGGUUAAGACGAAGAAUUGCGAUACGGUGGCAUCUGGUAUUCAGUUAGGGCUGCUCGGUUGUCUGAGUACGGUUUCGACUUUUGUUGCCGAGUUUCACGCAAUGAGAGAGAGCGAUUGUCCGUGGAGGGCCUAUGCUUAUGCCAUAGUUACGUUUUUUGUAUCGUUUGUGUUGGGAACUUUGAUAUACUCUGUUCCUGUAUUGGCAAAGGGAUACAAUUAG